GACAGAUUUCAACGUCUGUUGAAGGCUCCCCCACACCCUCCUUCAGUGCCGGGGGCACGGAGGGAUAUCUUGGGCUCCUGCUAUUUUUUAAAAUGAUGCGAGCUCAUCUCCUGUCCUGGGUGUGAACAAGUAUAUCUUACCAGGGAUGUAACUGAACAUUUUUUUCUGCAGUGUGUUCCUACUGAGCAACCCAAGAUGGCCAGGAACUGCUCCGAGUGCAAGGAGAAGAGGGCAGCACAUAUCCUCUGCACCUACUGCAAUCGCUGGCUAUGCAGCUCUUGCACAGAGGAACACCGACACAGCCCUGUCUCUGGGGGCCCGUUCUUUCCUCGGGCCCAGAAGGGAUCUCCAGGAGUGAGUGGUGGUCCCGGAGACUUCACCUUGUAUUGUCCUCUACACACACAGGAAGUACUCAAGCUAUUCUGCGAGACAUGUGAUAUGCUCACUUGCCAUAGCUGCCUAAUGGUGGAACACAAAGAACACAGGUGCAGACAUGUUGAAGAAGUUUUGCAAAACCAGAGGAUGCUUCUGGAAAGUGUGACUACACAGGUGGCACAUAAGAAAUCCAGUCUACAGACAUCUGCAAAGCAAAUUGAGGACAGGAUUUUUGAAGUGAAGCAUCAGCAUAGGAAGGUGGAAAACCAGAUCAAAAUGGCCAAGAUGGUUCUGAUGAAUGAGCUGAACAAACAGGCCAAUGGGCUAAUAGAGGAAUUAGAGGGGAUUACUAAUGAGAGAAAGCGGAAGCUGGAACAGCAGUUACAGAGCAUCAUGGUUCUCAACCGUCAGUUUGAGCAUGUGCAGAAUUUCAUCAACUGGGCUGUCUGCAGCAAAACCAGUGUCCCUUUUCUUUUCAGCAAAGAGCUGAUUGUGUUUCAGAUGCAGCGAUUGCUGGAGACAAGUUGUAACACAGAUCCUGGCUCCCCUUGGAGUAUCAGAUUCACCUGGGAGCCUAACUUCUGGACCAAGCAGCUAGCUUCUCUUGGCUGCAUAACUACUGAAGGUGGACAAGUGUCCCGGGCAGAUGCUCCUGCUUAUGGAGUCUUACAGGGGCCAUCACCCUUUUAUCAAAGCCACCAGUCUCCAGUGGCUCAGCAAGAGGCUCUUAGCCACCCCUCUCACAAGUUCCAGUCUCCAGCAGUGUGCUCCUCAUCCGUGUGCUGCUCCCACUGCUCCUCAGUCUCGCCUUCCCUCAAAGGCCAUGUCCCCCCACCCAGCAUGCACCCAGCCCACAACUUUAGGCAGCCCUCUGAGAUGGUGCCCCAGCAGCUGGGGUCUCUGCAGUGCUCUGCCCUGCUGCCCAGGGAGAAAGAGCUGGCCUGCAGCCCUCAUCCACCAAAGCUGCUGCAGCCCUGGCUGGAAACCCAGCCCCCUGUGGAGCAGGAGAGCACAUCCCAGCGGCUGGGGCAGCAGCUGACUUCCCAGCCCGUGUGCAUUGUCCCCCCACAGGAUGUUCAGCAAGGAACCCAUGCCCAGCCCACCUUACAGACACCCUCUAUCCAAGUCCAGUUUGGCCACCACCAGAAGCUGAAGCUCAGUCACUUUCAGCAGCAGCCACAGCAGCAGUUACCACCUCCACCACCUCCCCUCCCCGCUCCCCUACAGCAGCCACACCCACCUCUACCUCCAUCCCAGCAUCUGGCUUCUAGUCAGCACGAGAGCCCUCCUGGGCCUGCCUGUUCUCAGAAUGUGGACAUAAUGCACCACAAGUUUGAGCUGGAGGAAAUGCAGAAGGACUUGGAGCUUCUUCUCCAGGCUCAACAGCCCAGCCUGCAACUGAGUCAGACCAAAUCUCCUCAGCAUCUUCAGCAAACCAUUGUGGGGCAGAUCAACUACAUCGUGAGGCAGCCAGCACCUGUUCAGUCCCAGAGCCAGGAGGAGACCCUGCAGGCUACAGAUGAGCCCCCAGCAUCUGAGGGCUCAAAGCUGGCUCUCCCUCUUGACAAGAAUACUGCUGCUGCCUUGCCCCAGGCGUCUGGGGAAGAAACUCCUCUUGGUGUCCCCCCAGUGGACAGCACCAUCCAGCACUCCUCUCCAAAUGUGGUGAGAAAGCACUCCACCUCGGUGAGCAUCAUGGGCAUUUCCAACACUGUGGAGAUGGAGUUGUCAUCUACCAGGUUGGAGAGGCCCCUAGAGCCACAGAUCCAGAGUGUGAGCAGCCUGACAUCUGGCACCCCCCUGGCAGUACCAAGCCUGCUGAGUGAUUCCCCCAAAACGGUGUCCAGCCUGACAAGUGUUCAAAACCAGGCCAUGCCCAGCCUGACAACCAGUCACCUACAGACUGUGCCCAGUCUUGUGCGUACCACAUUCCAGUCCGUGCCCAACCUGAUGAGUGACUCCCCUCAGGCUAUGGCAAGCCUGGCAAGUGAUCACACUCAGGCUGGGCCCAGCCUAAUGUCUGGUCACACCCAGGCUGUGCCAAGUCUGGCAACUUGUCCUCUGCAGAGCAUUCCUCCAGUUUCUGACAUGCAGCCAGAAACUGGGUCCAGCUCCAGUUCUGGCCGAACUUCAGGGAGCCUGUGCCCCGGAGAUGGGGCUGAUCCCUCCCUGGGGAAUGCUCUGUGUAAGGUAAAACUGGAGGAGCCAAUUAACCUCUCUGUGAAGAAACCUCCACUGGUGCCAGUGGUCAGCACAUCUACAGCUCUGCAGCAGUACCGGAACCCAAAAGAGUAUGAGAAUUUUGAACAAGGAGCCCUAGAGCUGGAUGCAAAGGAGAACCAGAGCAUCAGAGCCUUCAAUAGCGAGCAUAAGAUUCCCUAUGUGCGACUGGAGCGACUCAAGAUCUGUGCUGCCUCCUCAGGAGAGAUGCCUGUGUUCAAGCUGAAGCCACAGAAGAAUGAUCAGGAUGGAAGCUUCCUGCUGAUCACCGAGUGUGGUACUGAGUCCUCCAGCAUGUCCAUUAAGGUCAGCCAGGACAGACUGUCUGAGGCCACCCAGGCCCCAGGUCUGGGGGGAAGAAAGGUCACUGUCACUUCUCUGGCUGGGCAGCGGCCAUCAGAAGUGGAGGGCACAUCUCCUGAAGAACACAGACUCAUUCCUCGAACCCCAGGAGCCAAGAAGGGCCCCCCAGCUCCAAUAGAGAAUGAGGACUUCUGUGCUGUUUGCCUCAAUGGUGGAGAGUUGCUGUGCUGUGACCACUGCCCCAAAGUGUUCCACCUAUCCUGCCAUGUGCCAGCCUUGCUCAGCUUCCCAGGGGGAGAGUGGGUGUGUACCUUGUGCCGCAGCCUGACCCAGCCCGAGAUGGAGUACGACUGUGAGAAUGCCCGCUAUAACCAGCCUGGAAUGCGGGCAUCUCCUGGCCUAAGCAUGUAUGACCAGAAGAAGUGUGAGAAGCUGGUAUUGUCCUUGUGCUGCAAUAACCUCAGCCUGCCCUUCCAUGAACCUGUCAGCCCCCUGGCCCGGCAUUAUUACCAGAUUAUCAAGAGGCCCAUGGACCUGUCAAUCAUCCGGAGGAAGCUGCAAAAGAAGGACCCGGCUCACUAUACCACCCCAGAGGAGGUGGUAUCAGAUGUGCGCCUCAUGUUCUGGAACUGUGCUAAGUUCAAUUAUCCUGACUCCGAGGUUGCAGAGGCUGGCCGCUGCCUGGAAGUGUUCUUUGAGGGCUGGUUGAAGGAGAUCUACCCGGAGAAACGGUUUGCCCAGCCAAGGCAGGAGGACUCAGACUCUGAGGAGGUGUCUAGCGAGAGUGGAUGUUCCACUCCCCAGGGCUUCCCGUGGCCUCCCUACGUGCAGGAGGGCAUCCAACCCAAGAGGCGGCGACGACACAUGGAGAAUGAAAGAGCAAAGAGAAUGUCAUUUCGCCUGGCCAACAGUAUCUCUCAGGUGUGACAGCCAAAAGGAGACUGGGCACUCUGGCAGCUGUUGUCCCAUCCUGUCGACCAUUCCUCCCCAUCUCGCAGUUUAUCCUCUUCAGAAUGUGGAUGGUAGAUGAGUCUCAUUGAACUGUAUAGUGCUCUUCUUUGCCAUUUGCAUCUACAGCAUUUGUUUGGGAGCCAUAGUGCAUCCACUACAGAGAAAAUUUCAGUAAUAAACAGGAAAGAGGAGGGUAUUUAUUAUUACCAGAGUAAUCAGAUGUAUAGGCUGCACUUGACAGGACCACACCUGGUUAGGCUUGGGAGGACCUACUUUCCUUGGUGAAUUUUUUUCUGCCUAGGAAAGCAGACCUGUCUCACCUUUUAGUGUCCAGGGCUCAGGAGCCAUGUAUGUAUCUGAACUCCUCCUGGGCUCAGAAGUGGGUAAAAGAAGGGAGAGAGGUUUAGACAUAUGGUAGGACUGUGAUCCCUGGCCCAGCACAGCCAAAGACUAUCACUUUUUGCCUUUGCUUGUCCUGUCUGGACAGAGGCACCUGCCAUGUGCACACUAGUGGAGGCUUCUAGAGGCCGUAGGUCUCAAUUUGUGCCUAUUUGGGUUCUAACGGUUUUCAGGGUAUUUGUUUUGCAUACUCACUUUCCUGAUGUUGACUUAGGUGGCUGCUGUGAAAAUGCUGUGGAUGGUGUGACAUUCUUGAUUGAGCUGGGUGGCUCUGCAGAGACCACUUACAACUUCUGGUUCAGAUUUCACUUUCGGACUUAGAAAGAUGUCCACUUGAGAGCCCGCCCGCUGUGCUACUUACUCUGGGUUAAUCGCACUUCUUUAGGGUGAGAACCUGCCUUCCUAGAAGUGACUGUUGGUGCUUGUCAGUGGCCAUACCCUUUAUCAUCCUCAUUCAGAGGUCUGGAUCUUGAGUUCUGCUUGUAAAUACUGUGAGGCAGCUGCUGUCUGCUUCAGGUCCAGAGUUCCAUGGGUGGAGAGAGUAACCCACAACCAGCUCAUUCCCCUGGGCCUCUCCUCCUGCUUAGAGAUUCUAGUUCUCAACCUCUCCGAGUUCAUGAGCCAAAGAUCAGAAGUGAGUCUUCUGACUAGCCCACCUCGAGGCUGUCUACAGCCCCCCAAAAGCCAACACUUUACUGGCAGCCCUUUUUGUUGGAGGUUAGAGAAGGCCUCAGGGACCAACAGGGGCUAGAUCUAGACAUUUCUGGGGAAGUUUGUCUAAGGUGGACAGGGGGAAAAAUCAAGAGGCAAAAAGCCAGUGUGCUUUGGUGACCAUGAAGCAACCUCAGAGCCUUAGUUCUCCUGGAAUGCAAAGAGAAGCAUUCUGGAAGCCAUGGGAACAGGCACUCAAGGCUGCAUCCUGGAUGGAUCUGCAUGGUCCUCGCAGGGUGUUUGUGAGGAUACUGGAGGUCAGGCUACCUCCCAAGCAAGGGCUUGGUUGAGAGGGAACCCAUUGUUCAUAUUGUUGGGGGAGUUAUGAACCUGACAUGUCAGUGGCCAGGACUGAGAUGGCUCUCCCUGGUCCUGUCAUUGCAUGGCUAAUUUCAGGGGAGUCUCAAGUCAUGGCUUUGUUUCUGCUAAGAGAUAAAGUUCAAGGAUGUUCUUGUUUGCAGGGCCUUCGCUAAUGAGCAAUUUUUUUAAAAAUUAGAAAACAUUUCUUCUCUCUUUGUGAGUUGAUGGUAUUGCUCAUUUCCUUCUCUACCCAACCUCAGAGAUCAUCUUCACUUUAAAGCAAACCAUGCCCCUUGGCUUGCCACUCUUUCAGCAGCACAUGCCACGUUCUCCUAAGCAGAUGGGCUUCCGUGAUCCCAUUUUCUAGUUUGGGGUAACUAAGUCGUCAAUGCUUUACUAGUCCGACAGUCUUUGGACCUAGGCUUCUGCCCUUUGAGACUCACAUGACUUUCUGGUUUGGGAUCUGGUCAUUUCCCUUUAAAUUUUUGAAUCUUCUUCUUUGUUCAGUUAGCUUGGCAAAGUACCCUCUGUUCUCGUGUCACUAAUUCCUGCUCUAGGUCAUCUUUCCUUUGUGCAGCCCACAUUCCCACCAUCCCUGUGAGCUUUGUUGUACUUGGUGUUGGGCAGCUGGUGAGUGUUGUGACAGGCUCAGACCUGAUCCUUCCUCAGGACCAACUGGAGACCACAAAUUUAAAGCAGAAAUGCCUGUUAAAAACUUGGCUUUCCUUAUAUCAGUGAGGCUUCCAGCUUCGGUGUGGCCUCCUGGGCUCAAGGAUCAGCUUGCUGGGCCAGGGGCAUCUUAGUAAUGUGCUGGAGAGACACAUGCUCCCUUCUCGUCAUAGAGAGCCUGCAUGCUGAGAGGCUCCCUUGAGAAACCUGCCUCUCCCUGGCUUUUCCCUUAGACGUAGCCACCAGAGUUUUGAGUCACGGUUUUGUUUUGUUUUUUCAUGAAAAACCAGAACAUGACUUAGAAAUUAGAAAAGAAAAAAAAAAAAAGUCCUGCUAGCCAAGUGACUGUCUGCAGGGGCUCUUCAUUAACAUUUGGGCUGAUCCUGCUUUUGAAUUAUUCCCAUAAUGGCCCAGUUUUGAAGUCUGCCAAGUCCUUUUGUUCUUGACAACAUCGUGCAGUGAAAAUAUGGUGAGUUCUAGAUUCUUAUGGGACAGCAUGCGGUUCUAGAGGAAAAAUUGGCUUCUUGGGUCUGCUGAGAAAUAAGACAGUAAAGUGGCUUCAGUUGAUGCGAAGGGGAUUUUAGUUAAAAAUUGGUUCAGGAUUUUAAAUUUUUAUUUUAUUUUUUGGCCAGGCGCGGUGGCUCUUGCCUGUAAUCCCAGCACUUUGGGAGGCUGAGGUGGGUGGAUCACCUAAGGACAGGAGUUUGAGACCAGCCUGGCCAACGUAGUGAAACCUUGUUUCUACUAAAAAUACAAAUAUCAGCCAGGUGUGAUGGCAUGUGCCUGUAAUCCCAGCUACUUGGGAGGCUGAGGCAGGAGAAUUGCUUGAAUCCGGGAGGUGGAUGUUGCAGUGAGCUGAGAUGUGCCAUUGCACUCCAACCUGGGCAACAGAACGAGACUGCGUCUCAAAAAAAAAAAAAAAAAAAAAAAAAAAAUUGGUUCAUGAUGAACUUGCAGAGCACUCUUCCACAGAACAUGGGUAGGUUAGCCCUGCCUGACUUCUAGCAAUUGCUAACCACACACCUUGCCUGCCUCUAGUACCCCUACCUGAGUGGCAGCCACCAGACCCUCCAUAGGCUCUGUUCCAUGGCAGUCCUUGUCAUCCAGCCCGGCGGACUCUGGCUCCCUCCCUGUACCCAUUUCUAGCAACAGCCUGGCUCCUAAGACCGAGGCGCCUCCUUGUUUGUUCCUGGGCUCUGCUCUGCUCCCUCUCUCACUCCAUGGAGUCACUUAUAGUCUUCCUUUCUGAACUCCUGAACUGAGCCUUUGUUCCUUCUGGAUCGCCACCUCCUGGGCUUCUUCUCCCUCCCUCAGUACUGCCAACAUUGCCCUGCAUCUUCAGUCCAUUUCCAUGACCUCAGCCCUCUCUCUCCUCUUCUUGUCUUUUAGCUUUCUCCUGGAUUUCUUCCUCUCGCCAGCAUGAACUCAGAGCCUAUCAAACCCUAUCACACACUGAUGUUUUUAUCAGCAUCCUGAACUUUCUCAUGCCCUUCAACUUUUCUUUUCUUUUUUUUUUUAGAAAGAGUGUCGCUCUGUCACCCAGGCUGGAUUGCAGUGGCAUGAUCUCGGCUCAUUGCAACCUCUGCCUCCUGGGCUCAGGUGAUCCUCCCAUCUCAGCCCCCUGAGUAGCUGGGACCACAGGUGCGUGCCAUCAUGCCUGGCUGAUUUUUCUACUUUAGGUAGAGAUGGAGUUUCGCCAUAUUGCUCAAGCUGGUAUCAACACUCCUGGGCUCAUGCGAUCUGCCUCCCUUGGCCUCCCAAAGUGCUGGGAUUACAGGCAUGAGCCACUGCGCCAGUCCUAUCCCCUUCAAUUUUUGCUAAAACUAUAAGCCAUUCUCCAUUUUCGUCGUCACCCUAUUUGCUGCUUCCAUCUCCUGGGCUGCUAAGCAUGACAUUCACAGUUGGCAGCCUUAGUUGAGCUCUCAGUAUUGACUGGAAGUUCAAUUUGUUGUGACCCUUUUUUUUCCCCACCCAAGCCUCCAUCUUGGCCCUCCGCAAAUGACUGAGCUCACUGUCUACUUCACAGAAGAGAGUCCCUAAAGCAAGAGCUUCCUUGCCCGCUGCUCCUCUCUCCCCUCUCAUUCAUCUGUGUCUGUAACUCUCCCCAUCCCCUCCGUUCUUGCUCCUAUUUAGUUCUCUCUGUCUUGAAUACUGUUGUAUGUCCUCCAAGACUGCUCCCUCGCUUAGUUCACUGCUCCCACUCCCUGGAGUCUGUCUCCAUUGGUUACCUACACACAGCCUGCAAACAAGUUCUCCCCAAGAUUAAAACAGCAUUUCUCAGAGUCUGUUACCCCUUACACAUUUUCCUUGUUAGCCAAGUUACUUUAAAAAAGAAGCUUUUUAAACUGAUUCUUCCUCAGCUUUUCUUCAGCCCUCUAUACUUUUUCAUAAAAGUCACCAGUGACUGCCCGGUUGCCAAAUAGAAUGAACACCUUUCAGUGCUCAGCUGUCUUGACCUCUCUGCAGCAUUUCACCCCACCCACCAACCCUUGAUGAAACAACCUCCUCCCUUAGCUUUUAUGACACCCCAAGUCUCUGGAUUCUCAGAGAAUCCAAAAAGACAAGUCUCUGGAUUCUCUCCUCUUACCUCUCAGCCCACACAGGCUGAGCCAUCCUUGAAACCUAGACAGGGGGAAAUAUCUGUGGCUGUCUGUGGUCUCUUCUUUUCAGGAGUUGGGUAGGCAGGAAGAAUUACAGCUGCUCCUGCUUCCUCUGUCUAUUUCCUGCGUCCCUUCCUUUUCCUGAACUCAGUUCUCCUCAUGCCAAGCAUGUUUAUGAGCUCCUGCUGGGAGGACAGCAUCUGUGAGUCCUUCCCUCUGUCUCUCCCAGACAACACAGAUAUUUUAGCCAUGUUUGCUAAGAGACCCCAUCUAAGUCAGCCCGAGGGUGUGGAUUAGGUUUUACAGCAUCCAGGGCGCAGUCUGGCUAAACUGGAUUACCAUGCUGGUGGGCAGCUCCUCGCCAUGAUCCUGCACCAGUUAGAGCCUGCUGCCAUUGAGAAGGAGUCUGGGAUUGUGGUAAGACAUGUUUCCAUGCAUGUCAGUGCUGCUAACCAGGAGGAGAACCUGGCAGGGUGGGUGCCUGCUGCUACCACUGGGAUGGAGGGAGAAUAGGGAGUGCGGUGGUUCCUCCCUUGCUGGGGCUCAGAUGGAGUCAGCAUGACUCCCUAUAUCAGGGCCUUUUCCACCUGUGCUGAUCACCACCAGCUGCUUGCUCCAGUUGUUUCUGGAGUUGGAGGCAGCUAUUGGUUGCUUUCUUGGAGGUAAGGAGGUACAUACUAGAAAGACACCUGAUUUGAGAGUCUGAACACCAAAAUUUUUGGCUCUUUCCAUUAUGAACUGUGUGACCUUGGAUACAGUUUCCUCAUCUAUAAGGUUGUGGUGGAAGAAUGGCUGAGAACAUGAUCUCUCAGCUCUCGAGCUGUAAAAAUGUUAAUUAUGAUUUUGACUCUAAAGAUCAGGCCACAUAAGGAACAGGGGAAUUCCGGGGGUAGGACACAGCUGGGGGAGUCCAGACCAGGGCAGGGAAAGGGGACUCACAAGCCAAACAGAGCUGCUUUGAGGAAAGUUCUUAUCAGCUGGUGCUGCUUCGUGAGCCAUAUGCCCAUUCCUCAAGCUGUACCCCCUUUCUUGGCUAUGUAGGAUGAGUUCCUCCUAGACCCUUGUUAGGAGUGGCUAUUGGAUCCAAAGCGGUAGGGGCAUGAGGGAGGAUAUUUUAAAGGAAAGUAGUAUCACUGAUCUUAAAAGGACCUAUACAUUCAAGAACAAAUAAAAAAUAGCACUUUUCUUUACCAA